GGAGAGAGAGAGAGAGAGAGAGAGAGAGAGAUGGAAAACAGAGCAUACAAAGGUCAUGUCUUGGCGCUACCUUAUCCAAGCCAGGGCCACAUAAACCCUUUGCUGCAAUUCUCAAAGAGAUUGGCCUCCAAAGGGCUUAAAGCAACCGUAGCCACCACCGUCUUCAUCUACAACGCCAUGGAGCCCCAUAACUCACCGGGAGGCUCCGUCCAAUUUGAAACGAUAUCGGACGGCUAUGAUGAAGGUGGGUUCCUCCAAGCCGAAAGCAUCCAUGCCUAUCUCACCCGCAUGGAAGCCAGAGGGUCAAAAACCCUAUCCGACCUCAUCCUCAAGCACAAAGACACAGCAAACCCUAUUGAUUGCAUAAUAUAUGACGCUUUUUUGCCUUGGGCUUUGGAAGUAGCCAAAAUGUUUGGGUUGCCUGGAGCUGCUUUCUUUACUCAAGCUUGUGCUGUUAAUUUCAUAUACUAUCAAGCGCAUCACGGGCUCUUGAAGCUCCCCAUAUCUUCCACACCCAUCUCCAUUCCUGGUUUCCCGUUGCUUGACCUUGAGGAGAUGCCAUCUUUCAUCUCUGUGUCCGGGUCCUAUCCGGCUUACUUCGCGAUGGUGCUAAAUCAAUUUUCUAACACAGACAAAGCCGAUUGGGUUCUUGUCAACACUUUCUAUGAGCUAGAGCUUCAGGUGGUGGAUACCAUGUCAAAAGUUUGCAGAUUGCUGACGAUUGGGCCAACAAUUCCAUCCUUCUACUUGGACAACCGUAUCGAAAAGGACACUGAUUAUGGGCUUCAUCUUUUCACAUUAGAUUCUUCUGUUUGCAUCAAUUGGCUCAACAGGAAACCAGCAGGAUCUGUUGUUUACGCGUCGUUCGGUAGCAUGGCCGGUUUAAGCAAACAGCAAAUGAAGGAAGUGGCAUUUGCUUUAAAAGGAAGCGAUUUCUAUUUUUUGUGGGUAGUCAGGGCCUCAGAGGAAGCAAACCUCCCAGAAAAUUUUGUGGAAGAGGUAGGCGAUAAGGGCCUCAUGGUGCAGUGGAGCCCUCAACUGGAAGUGCUAUCGAAUAAGGCAGUUGGGUGCUUUCUCACGCACUGUGGGUGGAAUUCGACCGUUGAGGCAUUGGGCUUGGCAGUGCCGAUGGUGGGGAUGCCACAGUGGACUGACCAAAGUCCAAAUGCCAAGUUUGUUGAGGAUGUGUGGAAGGUGGGAAUUAGGGUCAAGAUUGAUGAUCACGAGAAUGGCAUUGUGGGGAGAGAAGAGAUUCAAUCUUGCAUUAGGGAAGUAAUGGAGGGGGAGAGAGGGAGAGAGAUGAAGGAGAAUGCCAAGAAAUGGAGGGCUUUGGCUGUAGCAGCAAUAAGUGAGGGUGGUUCUUCGGACAAGAAUAUUGAUGAAUUCGUAUCUAAAGUGACGAGGCGUUAGAAGGCCAACACGAGUUUCUUCUAGCUACAUAAUAAAAGAUUCGUAUGUUUUCA